AUGGACAGUCGUCCACAUCGUUAUGAUAUUGGGCAAAAGCUGUUGUGUUUCGAACCUGACAGUUCUAAGGCUAAGCUAAUUUAUUUUGCAAAGAUCUUAAAACAUGUUUCUCGUAGAGAUACAGAAGUUCCCCAUUACUGUGUUCACUUUCACGGUUGGAAAUGUAAAUGGGACCGUGAAGUCCCAGAAGAUUUGCUUCUUGAAAACAAUGAAUUCAACCGAGUAUUAAAAAGAAAAAUUGAUGAAGUUGCCCAAAAUGUACAUGGAAGACAUCAGCGUAAACAACGUAUCGAUAUGAUUCUGGAGGGUGCAGCUUUAAGUGGUGAUGAUAUUGAUUGGGAAACAGUUCCUGGUGUUUGGAAAGGAUCUAAAUCAAAAAAAUCUUAUCAUAGUUCUCUCUCAAGUGAUAGCAAUAGGGGGAAAACAUUGAUCAGUUCCACAUCGUUUGAUGAUAAUAUUCCUUUUUUGGAUCCAGUUCUUUCAUCCAUUCUGGAUCAGGAGGAAAUAACACAAUUACAGUUUGAGCAGCUUCAGAUACACAAACCUUAUAUGGUUUCUUUAGAUCUCCCCCAAAACCUUCGAGAUAUAUUGAAAUGUCAUACCGAUGCUAGUGAUGUGGGAACGGAUGUGUCCAAGACAUUUCAGUAUUGGUGUUCGGUUCUUCAAGUGCUCCAAAAGUAUGUUGAUGGAUUCCCAUACAGUGGGUUGAAUAUCAGUGCUCUGCUUGGAUGUAGUAGUUCCUCAAGUGGAAUCAUUUCAGAUCGCGUUUCACGUAUCAUGAACCCUUUAUUCUCACUAACUGAUCGAAACCGGUUAAUUUGUGCAGAGGUUUGUUCUAGCCUACGCAUACUGUUUGAUUUUACCGUAAAAAGCUAUCUACUACUUCCUAAUGAAAAAUUAUAUUUUACAAACGAUUUCAACGGUCACUUGUUUGAAGAUGGUCGAGCAUUCAGUGUAAAUUAUCACCAUGGGCCAAACGAUAUUCAUUCUAUUUAUCGAUUCUCUUCACCUCGAUAUGAAUUGCUUCCAAAUUCAGAAGUUAUAAAAAAUCCACGAUUACCCUGUUUAAAUUAUCCUCCUUACUACCUUUUAAGACUAAUCACUAUCCUUCCUACAUUACUGGAUGGUAUGCAGUUAACACCUUGUCGACGUGCUAUAAUUCAUCGACAUUUGUACAUGUUUAUCCAUUAUAUUGAUCGAACUUCGAAGUUUUGGUUUAAUAAAUGCUGGUCAGAUGAAAAGGAUAUGCGUUCAGUGUCAAAUAAGUUAGAACAAUCAUCGAUUAAUACUACAAUAUCUGAAUCUUCUAGCGAUACAGAACCGUUAACAAACAUUACUAGUUCUAAAUCAUUACGGCGUACAACACGAAAUACUUCUAAAAAUCAAUUAACUAUAAGAUCUGAAUCAUCAGAAUUAUCUCCUUUAAUAACAAAAUCAUUCUAUUCAUCUAAUGAAUCACCUACAGUAACAUCAAAUUCCCAACCAAUAAUAAAUGUUAAUCUAAAAGACAUAAACAAGGAUUCUAACACAAAUGUAUCAUUGACAUGUUCUAUUACAACAACACCUUCAAUUGACAUAAUAUCAACAUCUCCAACAAUAGUGACAGGAACAAAAUUCAAACAUAACUCUGCUGAUUAUCCAUCAACGGAUGUAAAAUUUCAAUCUCAAGUUAAACAGACUGCUCGAUCUAUUCCAUUAUUAAGUGGAAAAUUAAAAACCGAUGAUCAUACCACAACAACAUUAAGUGCAACAAUUACUAAUACUGUUAACACUACACAAGGUAGUCUUGAUCAAAAUAUUCGUAUGACACGUUCAAUUGCUAUGCGCCUAAAUAGAAUGAAUUCUGGUCCUAAUUUACGUUCUCAUUCAUUAAGAGGAAAAUGA